AUGGACUUGAAGGAGUGGAAAGAAGAGCUAAAGAAUCUUGUGGAGGUUUUGAGCAAGAAUGAUGACGAUGCCGAUGCCGAUGACGAAGAAGAAGAAAAAGAAGAAGAAGAAGAAGAAAAAGAUGUCAAUGACUAUAAUGAAUGUGUGAAUGAUGCCACUAAAAGUCUCCGUACUCUUUAUGGGGAGGGAGCUGAAAAAAAGGAUUAUGAAACCUUAUUGAGGACUCCAUUCAGGGUUUCUAUUCCUCCCCAAAGAAUAAUUUCUGUCAAGAAACAAAACGAAGAGGAGUUCUCCGAAGAACUGGAUAGGUAUAUUCAUGUUCAGGAUAAAGGCACUGAUCGUCUCUGGCCGCUGAUCAAGAAUGUAGAAGUGACUAUUCCAAGAUCAGAAAUCCUUCCGGAAGGCAUCAUAUUUUUGGAUAUUCCUGGUACAGGGGACUUCAAUAGCAAAAGGGAUGAAAUGUGGAAAGAGAACAUUAACAAAUGUACAGUCAUCUGGAUUGUCAGUGACAUUGAACGUGUUCUUGGAGAGAAGACCCAGGACCAGUUACUGGAAGAAAGCAUCAAGGCCUUUCCAGGAGGGAUGUGCACUGACAUUGCCCUGGUGGUCAGCAAAUCAGAUAAAAUUAAUCUUGAUGAAUACAGAAGGGAAAGAAAAAAUAAAAAUAUUAAGAAUGAGCAUGAUGCCAUUUUAGAGAGGAACCAAGAUGUGAAGAACAAGAAAGAGAAAAGCAUUAUGCAGAAGCUGAAGAGAAAGCUGCCACCUGAUGCAGAAGUCCUUAACAAGCCAAAAUUGGUUUAUACAGUUUGUGCCCAAGAAUUCUGGAAAGAAUCUCCGUUAAAGAUCCUCAGUCAGGAAGAAACAGAGAUACCAGAACUGAGAGACUAUGUCAAGAUGAUCUAUCUGAAGGAGAAGCAGAAACUGGUGAAAGAUUAUGUGACUGAAGCAUGGGGCAUUCUCAGGCUGGCUAAAAACGCUGGUACCAACUCACAACCUGAGGACUUGGUGUUUCGGAAAAUUGUUGUGGAAGAAUUAAUAAAGAAGGAAAUCGACUCUUUGGAGAAAGCCCUUCAAAAAUGUUCUGAUGAGAUACUGCAGCCUCUGUGUAGAGGCGUGGAACAAGCCAAAAGGAGAUAUAAGAAAACUGUCCUUCAGAUGCUCACAAGAGUUGAUGGAUACCGGGGUUAUCACAAGACCCUGAAAGCAGUGUUCUUGAAGGAUGGAAUAUAUGCCUCUAAGAAAUUUGCACGCAUUGAUUUCAAUGAAAGCCUUGCCAAGCCCCUCUAUGAUGAAAUUGAUAGCAUUUUUGGAGGUAUCUUCAGAACCCAACAUACCACAAGAUCCAGUCUGUGGUCUCACCUGAAAAUAUUUAAAAAUGAGGUGAAGAAAAAGAUACUCAAAACUGGAAAAGUCAACUCCCUGCCAAGUGAUAACAGCAAGAUUUGUAUGUUCAUUCAAGAAGUAAACGCCAUCCUGGAAGAACUAGAAAAAUGGAUUAUCCAGAAGAAGAUACUUAUCUAUCAAAGUCUUAGUAAGUCCAUCCAAAGUGAUCUCAAGCCCCAUUAUAAAGCGGCCUCAAGUCUUAGGGGUACUGGAAGCUGUGAGGGGAUGAAGCGAAUCAUCAUUGAAGGCACUGACAACAAGGUAAAGGAACUGCUGUUUGAGAGGGCCACAUCCAAGAUGGAGAGCCAGUUCCACGAACUGAAGGAAUACAUCUUGCAGGAGCUGAAGAAAAAAAUUUCCACUUUAUUCAGUCUGGUCUUCUUGCAACAGGAUUGGGUUCCUGUACACUUGGCAGAACUGGAGCAACCUGAAUGCCAGUGAGAGCUGCGGCUCCAACAGAAGUUCCAGUAUCGGUUUCUGCUUUCUAAUCAGAAUUGCAAAGACACAAGCAGGGUCCAAAGGUGAUGAGACUUAGGAACCAGAGCAGUUCAGGUGGAGGACAGUUAAGACAGUUGUC